CAGAGAAAAAAGAUGCAUUUUGCAGGUUUCCGCUCCUGAUCAUGCACAUUCCUCCGCAUUUCGCAUAGCCAGCGCUUCUCUCCGGGCUUCCGUUUUCCUUCUCAGGGGCUCCCAUCCUCCCCCCGCCCCGGCCGGUGCCGUCGCCCACCUGGAUCGCGCCCGCCUCGCUCAGUCCGAGCCGAGCCGAGCCGCCACCGCGGAGAAAAGGGACCGGGCUGCGCUGUGCGGGUUGGCGCUCCACGCGAUGCGUCUGUUUCUGCUGGCGGUGCUCCUCUCGUGCUCCUGCGCGCGGGCCGGCUGCGAGCCCAAGAUCGUGAACAUCGGGGCCGUCCUGAGCCAGAAGAGGUACGAGCAGGUGUUCAAGGAUGCCGUGAACCAGGCCAACCAGGUGUACGGCCGGGACAAGUUCAAGCUCAACGCCAUUUCCGUCACGCACAAGGCCAACGCGAUCCAGAUGGCUCUGUCGGUGUGCGAGGACCUGAUCCACAGCCAGGUUUACGCCAUCCUGGUGAGUCACCCUCCUCAGUCCAGCGACCAUCUCACCCCGACGCCCGUCUCCUACACAGCCGGCUUCUACCGCAUCCCGGUGGUGGGGCUCACCACGCGCAUGUCCAUCUACUCCGACAAGAGCAUCCACCUGUCCUUCCUGCGGACGGUCCCGCCGUACUCCCACCAAGCCCACGUCUGGUUCGACCUGAUGCGCGAGUUCAACUGGAACCACAUCAUCCUGAUCGUCAGCGACGACCACGAGGGCCGGGCGGCUCAGAAGAGGCUGGAGACGCUGCUGGAGGAGCGAGAGACGAAGAAUAAAAAAAGGAACUAUGAAAACCUCGACCAACUGUCCUAUGACAACAAGCGAGGACCUAAGGCAGAGAAAGUCCUACAGUUCAGUCAGGAGACAAACUUAACCGCGCUGCUGCUGGAGGCUAAAGAGCUGGAGGCCCGAGUCAUCAUCCUGUCCGCCAGCGAGGACGAUGCUGCCGCCGUGUACAAGGCGGCCCGCUUCCUCAACAUGACGGGCUCGGGCUACGUGUGGCUGGUGGGGGAGCGGGAGAUGUCCGGUAAAGCUCUGAGCGAGGCGCCAGAUGGUCUGAUCGCCCUCCAGCUCAUCAAUGGGAAGAACGAAUCGGCCCACAUCACCGACGCCGUGGCAGUGGUGGCCCAGUCCAUCCAGGAGCUGUUUGAGAAGGAGAACAUCACAGAACCACCCAAAGGCUGCGUGGGCAACACCAACAUCUGGAAGACAGGGCCCCUUUUUAAACGGGUGCUGAUGUCGUCCAAAUAUCCGGAGGGUCUGACGGGACGCGUCGAGUUCAACGACGACGGCGACAGGAAAUACGCCCACUACACCAUCCUCAACUACCAGAAGUCUCGCCUGGUCCAAGUCGGCAUUUACAACGGCACGCAGGUGGUGAUGAACAAUCAGCGCAAGAUCAUCUGGCCUGGAGGGGAGACGGAGAAACCGCAGGGCUUCCAGAUGUCGACCCGAUUAAAGAUCGUGACGAUUCACCAAGAGCCGUUUGUGUAUGUGAAACCGACGAUGCAAGACGGGACCUGCAACGAGGAAAAGGCAUUAAAUGGAGUCACUAUAAAGAAGGUUAUCUGUACCGGGCCCAAUGAGACCAUCCCAGGGCGUCCCAUCGUGCCGCAGUGCUGCUACGGCUUCUGUGUCGACCUGCUGAUCAAACUGGCCAUGACCAUGAACUUCACCUACGAGGUCCACCUGGUGGCUGAUGGGAAGUUUGGGACCCAAGAGCGGGUGAACAACAGCAACAAGAAGGAGUGGAACGGCAUGAUGGGAGAGCUGCUGGGUGGGCUGGCUGACAUGAUUGUGGCCCCGCUGACCAUAAACAACGAACGUGCUCAGUACAUAGAGUUCUCUAAACCCUUUAAAUAUCAAGGCCUCACUAUUCUAGUCAAAAAGGAAAUUCCUCGAAGUACGCUGGACUCAUUUAUGCAGCCGUUCCAGAGUACGCUGUGGCUGUUGGUGGGUCUUUCGGUGCAUGUGGUGGCGGUGAUGCUUUACCUUCUAGACCGGUUCAGUCCAUUUGGAAGAUUUAAAGUAAACAGUGAGGAAGAAGAAGAAGAUGCCCUCACCUUGUCCUCUGCCAUGUGGUUCUCCUGGGGAGUGUUGCUGAACUCUGGAAUUGGAGAAGGUGCACCGCGCAGCUUUUCAGCGAGAAUCCUUGGCAUGGUGUGGGCUGGCUUUGCUAUGAUCAUUGUGGCUUCUUACACUGCCAACCUGGCUGCCUUCCUGGUGUUGGACCGGCCUGAGGAGCGCAUCACCGGCAUCAAUGACCCCAGGCUGAGAAACCCAUCCGAUAAAUUCAUCUACGCCACGGUGAAGCAAAGCUCCGUGGACAUCUACUUCCGACGACAGGUGGAGCUUAGCACUAUGUACCGCCACAUGGAGAAACACAACUAUGAGAGUGCUGCAGAGGCUAUCCAGGCCGUGCGUGACAACAAGCUGCAUGCUUUCAUCUGGGACUCUGCGGUGCUGGAGUUUGAAGCCUCGCAGAAGUGCGACCUGGUGACCACGGGAGAGCUGUUUUUCCGUUCGGGCUUUGGCAUAGGCAUGCGCAAGGACAGCCCCUGGAAACAGAAUGUGUCCCUGGCCAUUCUCAGUUCUCAUGAGAACGGCUUCAUGGAAGACCUAGAUAAAACCUGGGUGAGAUACCAGGAGUGUGACUCACGGAGCAAUGCCCCAGCCACACUCACCUUUGAGAACAUGGCAGGAGUCUUCAUGCUGGUGGCUGGAGGCAUUGCGGCGGGGAUCUUCCUCAUCUUCAUCGAAAUCGCCUACAAACGCCAUAAAGACGCCCGCAGGAAGCAGAUGCAGCUGGCCUUUGCGGCCGUCAACGUCUGGAGGAAGAACCUGCAGCCCUCUUCCUCUGUAGAGACUCAGGAUGAUAGGAAAAGUGGUAGAGCAGAGCCCGACCCCAAAAAGAAAGCCUCUUUUAGGUCCAUCAGUACCACCCUGGCUUCCAGCAUCAAGAGACGUAGGUCCUCCAAAGACACGCAGUUCCCGCCCACUGACGCCACGGGCCAGCUCAACCUGUCGGACCCGUCCGUCAGCACCGUGGUGUAGAAACACAAAACACACAGAGAGGGAGAGAGAGAGAGACGUGGAGGCCGUUCAGGAAGCAGCAGAAGAAAAAGACUCCAUGUUUCCUUGAGCUGAAAACCUGAAGAAGAAGAAACGACUCUGAUGAACUUUGCACCUUUUUUAAAACAAAACCAGUAGAAACAGGAUUAUCUUUCUGGUCUUAGAUGUUUUUAGGAUUGCUACUAAGCAUGCACGGAAGAACCCAUCGUACCCACAUAUAUAUCUUUUCCUUAUGGAUGUUAUAACCUUAGCCUUGUUUUGUCCUUUUACUCGCAUAAACUUAAUGUUCGGUGUUUGAUUUGAUCGAUUUCCUGCGUAGCUUUUAGACAAACGGUUCAUUUUAGGGAUAAGAAUCUGUUUUUGGUGACGAUAUUUCUCUUCCAAUCGAGGCUAAACUAGAGCAGAAGAGUCGACUUGUAGUGCAAUACGAAGAGCUGGAGAUGAAUUAUUUUUAAUAGGAAUUAUAUCUGAGUUUUUAUCGACACUUUAAAUGUUUUUAGACAUUUUAUUGGGAAUAAUGGCACUUAAAAACGAGCUUCUCAUGUCUUCUGGUGAAAAUGAAAGCAUGUGGCUUGUAUAUGAAAAUGUAGGAGCUUUAAGUAUUUGAAUGACGAUGAUUAAUGCAAUUUCUAGGAACAGUUUAUUUGCACUUACAUGCCCAAGGCAGUUAUUUUAAACGUUAGCAAAAGCUUUGAUGACUCAGUUUUCCAUUUCUUACAAAAAGGAGACGAUAAAUGUAUUUUCUCUUCCUCUCUCCUGCAGCUGCCGUCUUUCUCACCUCCAGCUUUUGGAAGGGGUUGCAUCAAAGGGCCGCGUUUCCCAGCCAACCAGCACUCGGCCUUUCGCGCAAAACCUCGGCGAACUUUUGCACGAAACGACCAGAGUGAGUUGGAAGCCGCAGGCGCGUCUCGGUUGGCUGGGGAAACGGGCCGUUUCCCGUUUUCUGGGGGUGAGAAACGCCUGCUGCCUCCGAGCCGGAGCCACUCUGCACUUUAACCUGAUUGGUCUCCUCGAUUCAGCUGAAUUACUGCAGCAAAACGCUCAAAACUACCCAGAAUUCAUCUCACUUUCUAACAGAACAAGCUUGUAAAGCCUCCUUUAAGACUCUGCAUGCCUCUGUAAUGAUUACCCAACUUAGUGCUUUUGCUUGUUUCUGCAUAUUUGCCAUGUACAGUGAGCUGAGCUGUGAGAAACUGAAUGACAUGUAAAUAUGUGAAGACGUUGAGCUGCAGCUGCAGCAACGAAUGUCUGCAGCUGGACUUUUGUACGACUCAGAAACGCGUCCAAACGUGCAGCAGGAAGCCCAGGCGGCCACAUCGGCUUGUUUUAUUCCGACAUUUUCCAUCAUGUUUUUACUGCUGUGAAUAAAAAACGCUCGAACCGAAA